AUGGCGCCACUGAAGUCUAAUUCCAAGGCUCGUGAGCCUCCCCCGAGCCUGUUCUUGCAUCCAUCACCCGCUGGCUCCCAUGUCUCCCUCUCAAGCCUGGUCGCUGCCAGCGGCGCCCUCCCUUCUGGUCCCGGUCCAAGAUCGAACAGCCAGAUCCCUAGCGGCGGCGCAUCGACACAACCGUCCCAAGCUCCUCCUUCUCUCGCGCGCACCGGCUCCCUGUUGAACCCCCGAAACCGCGGAACGACACCCCGGCUACAGACCGCAGACUCGACUCGCACCGCCGAUAGAACCGAUGCGCUAUGGGCCGAGAUGCAAGCGACGCUCGAGGAGGUCGAACUGUCCGCUAGCGGUGGCACACGUGUGUUUGGGUCUGAGCACGACCGCAAGCUGGCUGAGUUGAGGGCGGCGCAGAUUGCUCUGGCUCAGGCUUGGGCUCGCAGUGAGGCCGAUGAUUCGGGCGACGCGACCUCACCAGAAACCGAGGUGCGGAACCUCAAAGGCGCUUUGGGCGAGGUAGGUGGUAUUGCUGUGGCAGUAGCGGCAGGAGCAGCGCUCGGGGCUACGAUACCUACCGGAGGCGGGCGGGGCGUUGCAGAUGGGACUGAUGGAGGCAAGAGCACCAUUGGGACCGGCAGCCUACCACCCGGGGCCAGCGGUCUGGGAGGCGAGAGACUAGGGGCGAAGCUUGAGGAAGAAACCGAACGAGAUAUCCUACUCGCGAGGAACAGACGAGAGGCGAACGAUCGAUACUUCUCCAAGGUAGAUCAGGGAGUCAAGGAUGUCGUCGCAAAGCUUGAAGAAGUGGCCACUGCUAUGCGAGCCGUAGAGCAAGAGACUCGCGAUGUCUGGGGUGAUGAGAGCGUGCCGGGUAGUGCUAAGGCAUGA